UACAAUGUAGCGAGCCCAGGAAGCGGCGCGUCCGGUCCGAGCCGAGGCGCGGGCAGCCGGGCCGGGCGAGGCCAGGCCGGACCCCUCCGUCGCUCCCCCCCUCCCCAUGGGCGCGCAGGACGGACUGCUAUGGAAUAUGAUGAGAAGUUGGCCCGCUUCCGACAGGGCCACCUCAACCCGUUUGACAAGGCUCCGCUGCAAAGCCAGCAUGACCAGAAGACUGCCGGGACUGGGGAGGAGUUUCCACAGAAAGACCUGAGGCUGGGUUUGCCCCCUGGGGAGCCGGAGUUCCAGUGCUCGGAGCGCACCAUGGACCUGGGACUGGCGGAGGACCACUUCUCGCGCCCGGUGGGCUUGUUCCUGGCCUCCGACGUGGAGCAGCUGCGGCAGGCGAUCGAGGAGUGCAAACGGAGGAUCCUGGAGCUCCCCGAUAACUCGGAGAAGCAAAAAGACGCCGUGGUGCGGCUCAUUCACCUGCGCCUUAAACUCCAGGAGCUGAAGGACCCCAGUGAGGACGAGCCCAACAUCCGGGUCAUUCUGGAGCAUCGCUUCUACAAGGAGAAGAGCAAGAGCGUGAAGCAGACGUGCGACAAGUGCAGCACCAUCAUCUGGGGGCUCCUCCAGACCUGGUAUACCUGCACAGGCUGCUCCUAUCGCUGCCACAGCAAGUGCCUGGACCUCAUCUCCAAGCCCUGCGUGCGCUCCAAGGUCAGCCACCAGGCGGAAUACGAGCUCAGCAUCUGCCCGGAGACGGGGCUGGACAGCCAAGACUACCGCUGCGCCGAGUGCCGGGUGCCCAUCUCUCUCCGAGGGGUUCCAAGCGAGGCCCGGCAGUGUGACUACACCGGCCUGUAUUACUGCAGCAACUGCCACUGGAACGACCAAGCUGUCAUCCCUGCCAGGGCCAUUCACAACUGGGACUUCGAGCCCCGCAAGGUGUCUCGGUGCAGCAUGCGCUACCUUGCGCUGAUGGUGUCACGGCCGGUGCUCAAGUUGCGUGAGAUUAACCCUCUUCUCUUCAAUUAUGUUGAGGAGCUGGUGGAGAUCCGAAAACUGCGCCAGGACAUCCUUCUCAUGAAGCCGUACUUCAUCACCUGCAAAGAGGCCAUGGAGGCCCGGCUGCUACUCCAGCUGCAGGAUCGGCAACACUUUGUGGAAAAUGACGAAAUGUACGCACUGCAAGACCUGAUCGACGUCAACGCCGGGCGCCUCAGCUCCUCCCUGACCGAGAUUCACACACUCUUUGCCAAGCACAUCAAACUGGACUGUGAGCGGUGCCAAGCGAAGGGUUUCGUCUGUGAGCUGUGCAAGGAGGGAGACGUGCUGUUCCCCUUUGACAGCCACACCUCCAUGUGCAUGGAGUGCUCAGCCGUCUUCCACAGGGACUGCUAUUACGACAACUCCACGACGUGUCCCAAGUGUGCUCGGCUGAAUCUGAGGAAGCAGUCGCUGCUGCGGGACCCCAGCGUGGAGCUGCAGGCCUAAAGGUGCCUUUGCUUGGCCAGAGGGAGGCAGCACCAAGGAACACGACAACGCACCCAGCAGGCCGAGUUUCGCCUGUACUUGCCUGAGUGGAGACGGGCAAGGAGGGGAGUCUUUCACAGGAGUGCAGCUGGGAAUGUACUCUCCAAAGCUGGAAAACGGGGCAGCCGGGCAAGCGCUGAACCUGGCUCCUGGACUCUCACCUCAACAGAAGAGCAUUUGAGACUGUGCCUUGAGCGCCAAACUUUUCAGACUCUCCCUUGCCUCGAAUUACGAGGCAGCGGUCGAGAUGACAGUCCCUGCCGGACUCAGGCUUUCGGGUGGGAAGAGAAGAAGCUCUCGUUCCUGGGAUUACUCCUGGCAGAUCUUGGCAGGCUGAACAAUCCUGGAGAAAGGGCUGCCUGUGUCUGGUGCGCAAGGAUCGCUGCCAGCUUCCUUUAGGAAUGGCGUAUUUACACCAACACUCUGUGCUGGCACCUCACACCAAAAGUGCUACUGUGGCUUCCUUCCAGGCAACGAUACAUCAGCAAAGAAGAUGGUCUGGGGUUGGCCUUAGAGACGAUGUGAUGCCAAGAAGCCAUUCCUUCUGACUUAGAUGCACAGAUGGUGCAUCUUUCUCAAAGAAGGGUGGAGAGGUGCUCCUUUCUCCUUCAGCCUGCCUGCCCAUGGUGGCAAAUCGAAGGACUGGAUGGACCCUGAAGUUGGAACAGUGCCCAGCAGCCAGUGAGCGGAGACUGCAGGGAACGCAAACCACAGUAAUUUAUCACGAGCACUAAAAUCACUUUAAAUAAAGCCGUGUGUUAAUCUUGCCG